AUGGACAGGCACAGUAAACAGAGGCCCCUUAACUACCUACGCGCCCCACAAUCCUUUCAAAGACCCUCCGACGCCGCAAACGAACCAACAACGCCUAUAGCUCAAGACCUUUCCCGCCAAUCAACCAUCCACAUCAGCCCCGACACUGGCCCUCUCCACCACCGUCCACCCUCCACCGUCCCGCCCCACCUUCACCUCCCCGAGCUCCAAAUCCCCACCCAAGCGCGCAAAAGGGUGCUGGCCACCCUCCCCACCUUGGUGUCCGCGAUCGUUCAAAGACGGCGGCGUCGCGUCGUUCCCGGCGUCGAGCCAUCCGAAGACCUCAACUGCGCCGGAUUCGCAAAUUCACCGGACCCCGAGCCGCCGGUCGACGAGGAUGACGCUUUCGACUGA